UUUCUCAGGUUUCCACUAUCAAUGUCAAAUUGUUAAGGUGUUAGAAUACAAAAAUAAUUUAUAAAUAAAGAACACCUUUUUACCAUGUGAAAUAAACUUGUUAUUUUACAAAAAAAUACUGAGACAUCAUGGCAGCUAUAGAUCUUCCCUAUGAGGUUCUAGUGUAUCUUUUUAAAUAUUUACCAACUUCUGAUCGGAAAGCUGCCAGCGAAACAUGUCAUGCAUGGUAUCAAGCUGCUAAUGAUUAUUGUUUUCUAAAAAACAAAACAAUUGUAUUUUACAAAACUGAUCUAAAUGGGGAAACAACACCACUUGAAAUAAUUGAAAAUUCUAUAACACCUUAUUUUAAUUUUUUAUUCAGUGAAGUAGAAAUAUCACAAAAAUUAAAUGGAUUCUGGGACAAAAUAGGGGAAAAUAUUAAAAGUUUGACUAUUAGAAAAUGUGAUAUACAUGAAAAAGUUAUAGAUAACAUCUUACACCAAUGUAAUGCUCUUGAAACAUUAAAUAUUCAGAGCUGUAAAGAACUUUUUAUGUCAGGCUGUCUACUAGAGAAGACUAACAGUUGGAUAGCAAACAGUUUCAGAAACUUAAAAAGCCUUAGUUUAUCAGAAAACAAAUACAUAACAGAUGCAUUAUUUUACAGAUUUGUUAAAAAUGCUCCACUAUUAGAGGAUUUGUGCUUAUCUUUAUGCCCUUUGCAAUUUCACGGAGGUUUUAUUAAACGAUUCUAUCCUAAUACAAAUGAUAUUUUUGAAAAUCCAUCAGAGUGUGUUUUCACAUUUUAUUUUGUUCUACAAUUUAUAGAAUCUAGAGCUAAGCACAUAAAGAGCAUGGUGUUUUCUAAUACUUUAAUAGACGGGUCCGCUUUGAAGUCCUUAUCAGAAAUUAAAAACCUGAAGUUGGAAAGUCUACAAUUAAAUACCUGUGAUCAGCUUACAAAUGCGGGCAUUAUAUCAUUGACAACACAUCAGCAAACUCUCAGAGAAUUAGAUAUUGGUCUAUGUACACGAGUUACUGACCAAUCUCUAAUGUAUAUCAGUGAAAAUCUGAUCAAUUUAGAGUCUCUUAACAUUCAAAGAUGCAGAGCAGUUACUAACAUGGGAAUAGCUGAAUUAUAUAAAUUGAAAAAACUAAAGCGUUUAAAUAUCUCGCAAUGUGAACUUAUUACUAGAGAAGGCAUUGAGAAAGGAAUUUGUAAGUCAGAGAAUGUCACAUUACAAGAAUUGGAUAUAAAUUCCUUAAAUUUAGUACAAACAGGUGUUAUAAUGAUCUCUGAAACAUUAACAAAUUUACGUUUUUUAGAUUUAAGUUUUUGUUUUAAUGCUGUGACUGAUACGUCAAUUCAAGUAAUUUUUAAAAAUCAAUUAUUUUUACACACAUUAAAAAUAAGUUACUGUGACAAAGUCUCAGAUGCUGGUUUAACUGGCAUGGGGAAAAUUGAAACAGAAGGUGAUGAUGAAGGACCAGUCAUGUCCAAUUACAAUGAAGUCAGUAUGCCUAAUAGAAUACAUUUAGGUUCAAGAGCUGAAGAGGAAAUUAUUCGUGAUGCAAGAAGAAAAAGAGAUGUUAUGAGAAUGUGUGAAAAAUUAACUUUGGAUUCAUACACUGGUUACUCCUUAGCUCGAAUGAAAUCGCUUCAAGAACUUAAUAUCAGUGGUUGUAACAGGAUCACAGAUGUUAGUUUAACAUAUGCCUUCUCAUUUAAAGAACUUCGACGUCUUAAUUUGAGUAGAUGCCAGCAAAUAACAGUUGAUGGCAUAAAACAUCUAGUCAAAAACUGUCCCAGCAUUGAGUAUUUAAAUCUAAAUGACUGUUACAAUUUAAAGGACGAUGCUGUGGUCGAGAUUGUGAAAGGUUUAAAGAGGUUACAAUAUCUUGAAUUAAGGGGUUGUAACCAGUUAACUGAUAAAACUUUGGAAGCGAUAAAAGAGCAUUGCAAAAUACUUAAAGUUUUGGAUGUUCAAGGUUGUCACAACAUAUCAGCAGAAUUGGGAUGCGGGAUAGGAUCUUUGCCUACGCUUCAUACUGUAUUGAUGUCCAAACCAGGACCAUAUAUUACUGAUGGAGUGAAGAAUAGAACACCGGCACCACCCCUUUUACCUUCUUUAUUACGAAAACUACGUUUGCACUAAGAUGGUACAAUUGUUAUAGCAGAUAGAUUUUAAACUUAAAUCGCCCAAAUAAAAAUUCAAGAUUUGUUAUUGUUCUUCUUAUUCAAAAUCAUCUGCAAUUAAAGUUACAUGUUAAAAUUAUUACAAAUUAUAUUGUAUACCAUCGGUUUAUUAUUUUAGGCUUUUACUAAAUUAAUACAAUGAAAACUAAUAUAAAAUAUUAAUACGAUAUACAGACAAAGGUCCAACAGUGUAAGGCUUAACUAUUUUAAUCCAAUUUCACAUUCCGCGAUUGAACAAUUACAACAACUUUAUUAUACUUAACGCAACGGUCACAACGUUAUAUUUCAAACUAGCUUUGUCUUUAUAUCAAGCUUUUGUUAUGUAAUAUACUAAUUUAUUUGAUUUGAUAGAUUUAAUUAGGUACUAUAUUUUAACUAUUUCGCUUAUUUAUGUAUAUUUAAUUCGUUGUAUUUUUUAUGUUCUAAAUAUUGUAUAUAUAAUAAAAUAUAAAAAAUUUAUUUUAAUUAAUUUCGUGAAAUAUUGACCUGAAAUUAUUUGAAAAUAUAGAUAUUAUAUGAGUCUUAUUUAAAGUCAACUAAGGUUUUAAAGAGAUAAGAAUAAUUUAAAAUGAUUAUUGAUAUUAUUUGAAGUUAAAUAGCCACUGUUCGAUAUUAUAAACCAACGAUUAGAAGUGAAUAUGAGGUGAAUUUACUCAAAAAUUGAUUAACACUAGAAGUACAAUUAUUUAUAAUAACAAUAAUCUAAUGUACACAACAUUAUAGUACAUUAGGUAUCAAUUUGAUUCAUACUUAGGCAAAACAACUCAAUGAGUUUUCGGUAUUGGAAUAAGUCUGUGUUAGUAGUGUUUGUCAAGGAACAAUAAAUCAUUUAUUUGUUCCAAUUCUAGUUCAUUAUAACGCCCUAUUAUUUGCCGAUAAUAAUUAAUAUCAAACUUUUGUUAUAUUUUUUAGAUUCCAAGCAAUACAAAAAAUUUAGACAACUCGUAAAUGUUAUGUUAAUUAUUUUUAAUUAUAAAUUAAAGAUUAUUUUCAGUAAAAAAAGGAUGGCUAUGUUGUUUUUUUAUAUAAUCUACAUUUAAAAUUGUUUUAACAGUGUUACAAGUUUACUAAAAAUCGAAUAACGCGAUUUGCAACUACAGCAUGGCCCGAACUCUUGAGUCCAUAAUUUGCAAAUGUUACCUUUAUGCCGAAAUUCUUCAAAAAUAGAAUAAAUUAAUAAUUGUCAUCUAAAAUUGCUUACAACAAUGUUACAGUAUCAAAAAAAGGAGACUCAAUUAAUAAGACUUUUUUUUUCAAAUAUUUUAUUACAUUGCAUUUAAAAUAAUUUAUAAAUUCAUAGUUUACCUACAGAUAUUAUAUUCUAUUUUGCCCUAUCAAUCUUUGUUCGUACUUAACACAGUUAAUGUUUUAAUACAAUGAUAGAUACACUAAUAGUAAAAGUUAAACACUGUCUGUCUCCUUUAACUUUAAUUAGAGUUAAGAAAAACGAAAGUCGUAAGUGCAACAAUAUAUUAAUUUUAAAACACUUUUUGUACAAGUAACAGUCAAACAUAUAUAAAACACGUUCUUAUUAUCAUAUACAAUAAUUCAUUUUUAGAAAAAAAUCCAAAUUUAAAACAAAC